AUGUAUGGUUGGUCUUUACUCCGGACAAAUAAAAAUCCUGUUGAUGCAACUACCAGAUCAGUCGAUGAUGAAUGUAAGUUUUUGUUGCUUGUAUAUUUCCUCUUUUCAGAUGUUGUAAACAUGUUGAAUGUAAGGGGUCGUCGUGAACUGGAGAGAUUGGAAAUUUCGAAUUCAACAAUCUUACCUCGGACAGACGUGAAUGCCGAAGGACCUCUUCCGCCGUUCCUGUACUCCUUCAGCCAAAUGGUGGUAAGUUCUUCAUAAUUAUACGAUGCCUUUUCGUGAGCAUUCGUCAAGAAGCUUUGGAGAAAUUUUUUGGCCAAAAAAAAUUGUUUUGGCUGGAAUUGACAAUAGAAGUACCAAAAGUGCGACUCUCAGAUUUUUUUAUAUUCUGCACACACUUCGAGCAUAGUCCACAUACGAAGCCCUCAAGGUUCUAGCUCGCGCUUUGCAGGCGCAGCCGAGGUAUUCAACGGCAUUUUACGGCCGAGAGAGUACGCAAAAUGGGAGAGCAGUCAGAGAGAAAAACACGUUUUGAUAUAUCUUUGCCAGUUGCAUGCGGAAAAAACAGAUUUUUUGUGGAAGCAUUACACUGUACUGUAGAAAUAGGCAUAACAUUUUUAUUGUCGAAAUUCGCAAAAAAAGUGCAAGAAUUUCUCCACUUUCGACCUUAAAAUCUCGGAUGCAAGCUAGGCGACUGGCAUAUGCCUUAUCGUUAGAAAAAAUUUUUCUAAACUUAUUUCAAGCUUCAUCAAAAUCCGAGCGUCGCACUUGGAGAAUUCUUCGUCUGUGAGGCAAUUUUUACGUUUUCAAAAUUAUUUUCUUUGCCAGCCGAGGAACUUACCGUGCCACUGAAAUACAGUGAAUGUAGUUUUCAGAAAAGUACAAGCUCGGCGCCUGCCUGAUUCCAAAGAUAAUGUCGACCAGCAUGACCGCAGUACUUUGUUAUCUCCAGAACACAACGGAAUUUGAUGAAUCCGGAAGGAAAAUCCAGAAUGAGAUGUGGAAAGAGAGGUAAAUUAAAAGCUAUCAGUCUGUCGGAAAAAUAAAUGGGUUCGUCGCAGCAAAAUAUCUCGCUUUUCAUUUCACCGAAUCUGUGAUGGACGAUUUUAAGGCGUGACGAGCCCACAUUAUUUUUCCGACAGAGUGAUAUUGUUAUUUUUAUAAAGUUCGUAAACUUUUUUCCCUUUUUGUCACAAAGGCAUAUUAAGGGUCGCUUUAUGAAAUUAUCAGUCUGUCGGGAAAAUAAUGAGCACUCUACCGCCUCAAAAAUCGCAUCGCCGAAUGAAUUGUAUUGCAACAAAAUCGAACUUCUUCUCACUUCAGCGAUGCGAUGGGCGCAGCGACAUUGUGCCCAUUAUUUUCCCGACACACUGAUAAUAGGCCGUCCAAACAACAACACUUUGUAUUGCUACUUUUAGGUUCUGCGGCAAAGAAAUCGAAUACAAGACAAUGAAAGAGUUCGAAAAGAAAGAGAACCAAGACAAUUCUUAUAAAAUAUUCACCGUUGUCAGAGAUCCAAUUGAGCGCUUCUUGUCAGCAUUCACCGACAAGUGCUAUUAGUAAGUCAAGGCCUAUGAUAUUAUAGUUCACAAUCACGUUUUAAGUGAGCCAAGAAAGCCGGUUCCGAACAACAUGUGUGUUGAGGUUGGCUGCGGCGACGAUUUGGAAUGCUUUAUCAAAAAGUUGGAAAAGAGAAUGUGGGACUUUGUUAAAAGAAAAGAAAAAAAGUUGUCGGCUAUGGAUGUUCAUGUCAUGCCACAGACAUGGUAAGUGAUUUGGCAUUGACGGGGAGCCGGGCAAGAUUUCUGCUGCCAGCCAGUUUGAAGGCGGCGUCUUCCGCGGCGAAUGAAUGAUAUUUACAUACUGUGUACUUUUUUAUUUGUCACCUUGUGCAAUCCAAGCGCGAGCUGAGAAUUCAGGGAAAGGCUUAGGUUUACGUAGGCUUGCUUAGGCUUGCGUAGGCUUGCGUAGGCUUGCGUAGGCUUGCUUAGGCCUGUUUAGGCUUGCUUAGGUUUGCUUAGGCUUGCGUAGGCCUGUUUAGGCUUGCUUAGGUUUGCUUAGGCUUGCGUAGGCUUGCUUAGGCCUUUUUGUGCUUGUUUAGGCUUAAGCUUAGGCUUAGAGUUGCCUAAAGUUGUGCUCAGGUUUCACUAAGUUAGGUGAGGGAUUGGUGUAGCGACACUUGCGAUCUUGUUGCAAGCAAAUUUUGGCUGAUUUCCCAAAAGAAUUUUAGCCUGCCUAGGGAUUCGUCAGCUGGUUAUUCGUUGAAGUCUGAGCGCCACACACUCUCACGUUGGCUGUAAAAUUCCCCUCUGCUCGUAGACCUCGGCCGCUCGCAAAUGUCGUCUACGCGAAGUUAUUGCAGCGAACAAGGUGAACUGUAAUCAAAUUUUAGGAACUGCGAAAUGGAACGGUAUUUGGAGAAGAAUAAAUUCUUCCGGUACUCCAAGCAACCGUCUCCCGAGUACAACAACUUCCUUCAUGAAUUUAAAGGGCUUCUCCGACAGAGGAAGGUGUCGGAAGAUUUGAUUGACAACGUCAUGUCUUCUAUCAACGGAAGCACUUCCCCGCAUUCAACUGCUGGAGCAUCCGCAAGAUCGUUUUAUGCGAAUAGGCUGUAUUCAAGGCCGGAUCUGUUGAAAAUACUCGUUAAUAUUUAUUAUUAUGACUAUAAGGUUUUCGGUUUUCCGAUGCCAGAACUGUAA